AUCCUUGUCUGUACAUAAUGCGAUUCGCCUCCAAACUUCACUUCGGCGAUAAAACCCAACAGGUCGCCAACACUGCUUUGAGGUUAGUCCAGAGGAUGAAAAGGGACUCCAUACAUUCCGGUAGAAGGCCAUCAGGACUUUGCGGGGCAGCUCUUUUAAUCGCAGCCCGCCUGCACGAUUUUGGUAGAUCGCCCGGAGACAUUGUGAAAAUCGUAAAAGUGCACGAAACGACUUUGAGAAAAAGACUGAUAGAAUUUGGCGACACGCCAAGCAGUGCCUUGACGCUGGACGAAUUCAUGAGCGUAGACUUGGAAGAGGAGCAAGACCCUCCGUCUUUCAAAGCCGCCAGGAAAAAAGACAAGGAACGUCUUCAGAAAUUGAUGGAAGAAGAAGAUGAGACCUUCACUGACCUGCAGAAACAGAUCGAGAAUCAGUUGGAGAAGAACACGCAUAAAAGAAGACUGGAACCGAGGAACGAGUCGCCGUUCAGUGAAGAACUCGAUGAUACAGAUAAAUUUAUAAAAGAAUCAACUCUAGGAACUGUGAAUGAAUUGCUGCAGUCGGAAGUUAUUGACGAUCCCGAUGAAGUUGUAAAAGAGCUGGGUCCUGAUAUAAACAGCAUGGGGCUUGUCAAUUCUCUCGAAGAUGUGGGGAACUCAGUUCAGACUCCUCAGGAAUUGACCAUCGAUUUGUCCUUCGAAGAUAUCGAUGAUGCUGAAAUCGAUACUUACAUCAUGUCGGACGCAGAAUACGAGAGGAAAAAGAAGACUUGGUUCACUUUAAAUGGAGGUUAUUUGGAACUACAGAAGAUGAAAGCGGAAAAGCUGGAGAAAGAACGAGAGGAAGGCAAACCGGAGAAGAAACGGAAACGUACGACGAAGAAGAAAACGGGCUGUCCAGCGAGUUCCGCCGGUGAGGCGAUCGAGAAGAUCAUUCAAGAGAAAAAGAUCUCGUCGAAGAUCAACUACGACGUUCUAAAAAGUUUGAAGGUUGCUCCUGUUGCUGCUAAUGAUGAAACGGUAACAGUCGAAGACCAAACGGCAGCCGUUACAUCUGAAUCUACAAAACGUCGUAGGCUCUCUUUGCUGCCCACUAGUUUGGAAAAAACUACCAGCAGAGGUAACAAGAACAAGUUGAAAGAUGUCGGCCUACCUUUCUUCCAGGAUUCCCCCAAAAUGGAAGUGAAGAACGAGGUUGGAAAUAAGAUGUUGAAGAAAGAACAUGAAAGCGAGAUACUCAAGAAGGAUGAACAGGCCAAUGCUACAUCUGAAGAAGAAUUGGACGAAUAUUUCGAAGACGAAGAUCAACCUACAGAGGAGCCCGCCAAUGUCCUUGAUUUGCUAAGGCAGCACAGGCAAAACUUCGAGGAAGAUGACGGCCAAAAUUUUGGCUAUGGUUACGACUAUGAUGAAGAGGAUUAUUAAAAUAAGUCAGACAGGAAAGUGCCUUCGCUAUUGCUAUUCCAAAAUAUAUUUCUCAUACGAAUCACGGUUCUACAAUUUUCGUUGAACAUGGGUAUGCAUUUGCGAUUUACCAGUUAGUAUAUAUGUUGUAUAUAUAUAAAAUGUAUAUUAGGAAAAAGUGAUAAUUUUAAUAAUUGACAAUUAGAUGUACAGAUUUACAGAUGCAUCUUCACGAAAUCAUUUUGGAAAUUGUCAUUAUUGCAUUUUGUUCAAACACUGUUUGAAUGGGGAAUGUUCCUCAAUUUGGGUUAUUACAGCAAAUGCAAGUUUGAGCAAAAUAAAGUUGAAUUUAA